UUGCCGUUAGACCCGUAAAUCAUCAGAGAAUGCAGACACCGUUGUUGUGUCCGCCCCAGCUAACGCAGGACUGGUAAAGCUGGCGUCCCUAUGAGUUUUUUUUUUCUUUCUGAUAGGAAAGCGGAGGUAAUGGUUCCAAGUCCAUUCUGUGCUUAAUGCGCAGGUAACCCCAGUGUCUGAUGUGGUACGUUUAGCAGCGACCCCUUCGGUGCUGUCAUAUCACGGUUAGCCAGGAACUCCCUUCGGUAACAGUAGCUAAGUUAGUAGUAACCUUCCCCUGUGACCCGGGCCAUUCAAACCUCGGCAGAAUCGUUCUCGCUUUACAGCGACAUACCUUUGAUCCUGGAAACGGGGCUGUGUAGCAUUUCCUGCUUUGCAAACGGGAGUUUCGCUAUGAGUGAGGUCCUAACAGGACUGGAUGCUCCUAGCUAGCCCAUUGAUGUAUUAUGAGAUUGAUAACGAUGCAUUAAAUAUAUUUGAUAAAUGACCCGUGCAGUGGAUUUAAAGGGGCUGGUUCAUUCUGUCCUGAAAAUACCCCACUUCAAAUGGGGUAAAUUUAUAUAUCUUUUGUUUCAGCAGCUCAAAACACCGAGAAAGUCAGAAAACUGUGUUGGUUACUCUUGGUAAACUACAGACCUCACCGUCAGAAACUGCAGGUUUUUUUUACUGAAGAAAUGGUCCCUGUGUGGGAGGAAUCCUGUUGACAGCGAGACCUGAGUCAAAAAUACAGCUUGUGGGGGGUGGGGAAAAAAAAAGGGUGAGCCAACUCUACGAACUCCAAAGAUAACAGCUAAGAGAAAAGAGAUAGAACAGGGUUCCCUGCGGUGUUUUUAUGGCAGAAGUGGGCCACCUCAGCCGAAACGAAGGUGACCUCUCCCCUGUUUACCAAAUAACACUUUUCACGCUUUUAUGUAAUAAAGCAUUAACCCUCAGGUGAAAGCAGAGCGGAGGUGCUCUCUCAUACCUCACGUCAGCCAUAUUUCAUGAGUGGGACCGUCUCGAAGGCCAUCCUCCACUGGCUCCACUAUGUACCAUGAGACCAGACGUGUCCUGUCACUGGUGGCUUACCACUUCGGUCAAAGUGCACGUGUUUCCAAGGGGAGAACCUGUGUAGCCAGUUCAGACUUCUCUUUUCUCUGAGGGCUUCUCUUCUUUUUACAUUCUUGUACGGUGUAUACUGCUUUGUAGCUCCUCCGCUCUUUGUUGCGCCGAGUAGUAGGUUUUCACGCGAAGCUUUAGCAAACAAUAACCUAGGUGUUGCAAAGACUCCAUUUGUUUACUUUCAUAUCCCGUUUUGUACAUUUGUCUUUCGAGAAAUUAGCUUAUCGCAGAUAUAUGGCGAUCGGGGUAUAUGUCGGCCCAGUAAGUCACAAGAAAUUGUAGUACAGAGAUGCCAAACUAGCUGUGCUGUACACUAGAGAGCUGUGACAAGUUUCUAUUCCUGUGUGUAGGAACAUGGCUGAGGUUCGUGACGAUGGUGACCAGCAGAGCGGUGGGGACACCAUGGAUGCCAUCAGAUUGCUCGAUCCACUGAAAAUACCACGGCCGGCUCCAGUGGGCACAGGCGGUCGUAAGACUUCUGAGGAGGGGGACUCUGUCGCAAGCGGCGGAAGCAGUAAAGCAGCAGGCUCUGACCCCUACCGCUACAAGACAGACUACCCCAGCAUUGGAACCUGUGUGAUUAUAAACAAUAAGAACUUCCACAGUAGCACAAAGAUGAGUGCUCGUAAUGGGACGGAUGUUGAUGCCGCUCAUGCUAUGAAGACCUUCUCUGGCCUGGGUUAUAACACUCGGGUGGCCAAUGACCAGACUGUGGAGCAGAUGAAAGAACUGCUGUCAAGUGUGUCCAAGCAGGACCACAGUGCUAGUGCAUCGUUUGCAUGUGUGUUGCUAAGUCAUGGAGAUGAGGGGGUGAUAUAUGGCACAGACGGCUUUGAAAGGCUCGAAAACCUGACAAAAUACUUUAAAGGAGAUAACUGCAGAAGUCUGUUGGGGAAACCAAAGUUCUUCAUCAUACAGGCGUGCCGUGGCUCAGACUUGGAUGACGGAACCUCUCUCGAGACCGACAGCCAGGAUGAGCAAGCAUCGGAGAGGAUUCCCGUGGAGGCAGAUUUCUUAUAUGCUUUUUCCACUGCUCCAGGCUACUACUCAUGGAGAAAUACAUACACCGGAUCCUGGUUCAUGCAGUCACUGUGUGAGAUGUUGCAGCGUUAUAGCGGAGAGAUGGAGCUGAUGCAGAUCAUGACCCGAGUCAACCGCAAGGUGGCGCUACACUUUGCGUCGUCCUCCAGCCUACCCGGAUUUAGUGGCAAGAAGCAGAUCCCCUGUAUCGUCUCAAUGUUGACCAAAGACUUCUAUUUUCCGAACUAUUUAAAAUAGACUUUUUGUUUAACCUGCAAGAAAAACUACCUACCUGUAGGAAACUGGGUCAAAUGUGACUGUGCUGGUAUUAGCAUUAUGUAGGAUGUGCAAACGGGAUACCACUAGUUUUAAGGUCAGUUCAGGGAGAACCCAAAUGCACCAUCAACAUAAGGAUAAAAGGGAACAAACAUAACACACUUAUCAUUUACAAUGUCACAACCUCCUCUUUGCCAAACGUUUUAAACCCAUCUUAGAGUGCUGUUGCUUCAGGGGUCCUAGAAGCAGUUUUUGCUGCAGUGUGUAAAAAUGCAUUUUUGUCCAUGGAAUUGCUAAAUCUAAAACAAAUAACAUCUGUUGUAGUUAUUGCAUAAUUACGACAAUCGCUGGCGGAAAUAGCUGGUUAAGUAACCAGGAUCUGCGUUCAACACAGUUCUCUGAGUGAUACCUUACUUCACUUGAGUAAUUCUUCUUCCCACUGUAUGAAAUUCUUUGAAUCGUGCCAAGUCCACGCGGGUUCAGAGAGGGCAUUUAGAUACAGUCCUCAUACCUUUACUGUACAUUGAGCAAUCCGAAGCUUGUUUUUAAUGAGCUGUGGUGAACUGCUCUACCAGGAGGUAAUCAAAGUGGCGUUGAACUAGUUUCCCAGCAAGAUUUUGUAAUGUUGCUCUAUGUUGCAGGGCUGCUUUCCUGGCCAAGAAUUUAGUGUAUGACAAGCGAAGGCCUGGAAUCUAAAGAGUCUUAAGUAGGUUACCACUCAAAGAAUAGGUGCAUCAAAGAUUUGACAUGUCCUAUAUUUGAUAUAUUCUGUCUUUUUAAAUAGUUAAUCCCAAAUGUUUUUUAAGAAAAAAAAAUUGGAUGGUAAAAUUGACCCUUCGCUAAGUCCUGUCCCUUUUUUGUUAGCUGUCAACAACAAAAGGGGUCUCAGUGUAUCAGGCUGUCAGAGCUAGCAUGGCAAACACACUGUCACUAACUGCACUCCGUGAAGAAAUAUUAUCAGAUCUUUGGAAGGAACAAACAGUUUCAGAGAGAUGCAGACAGAAGGAUGACGAAAAUCCGAAACAAUUGCAUGAGAGUCUAUGGAGCAGGGCCGUAUAGUUAUCGGACCCUGGUAGCAGCUGGCUGAUGAUUUGCUAUGACGGGGCGGGACUUGGUGAAGGGUCAAUUCCACGAUCAGGACUUGACCAUUUGAGUAUUCUGAUCAUUAUUUUAGUGUUUUGUACCUUGGUCUUAUGAAUAAGAACACACUAACUGGAGUUUCUGUUUGUACUUUAGAAAUGAUACAGAUAAUGGGCUUGUUUUUGACCCUGUUUUGUACUUUGGUUAAUGGCAUUGUCAAAGACUAAUACUACCUGCUAAUAAAUGGAGUAAUCUCUGUCUGUC